UCAUGUGACUGUGCAUGUGAGAAAUGAACAUUACUAGAUUAUAGUUCUUCUUUUGAGUUGUGCUUAGUCCAUAUAACUAUAUACACUUGCAACCAAAAUUGAUAAUCAAGCUUUCUGAGGACAUCAGCACCAUGCAGAAAACAAUGUAUGACAGUGGAUACCAAGGGGACCGACACACACUACCUCGUCCUGGGAUGGUGACAAGUCUACACGAUACCUCAUCACCAACGUCUCUAGUGCAACUGGCAUCUGCAGACAGAGUGGAAGCUGGAAAUGCCAAUCCAUUGUCUGGUGGAGUACUACGCUGCCCAAAACCUAGAGCUACACAAGAUAAGAGGAGUGAACAAGAACAUUCUGUAUUCAAUAAUGAACUUGUGCAAAAAUUGAAGCGAAGAAAUACAAUUAAUGGUGAAGAGAGUGGCGUUCAACUUAAAAGGAUGCCUGAUAAAGUACAGGAAAACACUAAUACAGUCACUGCAUCGCAAGUAAUGGCUGCUGACAAUAUUACAACACGCCAGCCAACAGGUGCAAAUCCUAAUCGUUCAAGAACUACACGCCGACCGGCACCCCCUAUUCUUCCCAAACCAAGGAAAAGAAACAAUAGUGACCACAUACCAGUACAAGAACUACACGAUGCUCAUCAGGGGCUGGAGGAGUUGUCUCUUACUCAUACAGAACAUCGUCACAGGGAGGGACAGAUGACUAUUCAGGCUGCUGGCAGUGAAACACCAACUGAUGCAAUUCCUAAAACGUCAGCUGUACAUAGACCACCCAUCACCCCCCCUCCCAAGAAGAGAAAUUCAGUGAAAAUUAAAGACCAAACAGCAAAAGAUGCUCAGGUGUCCCUUACUGACACAGAACAUCUUCUUCACGAUGAAGGACAAAUGACCAUUCAGGAUGUUUGCAGUCCUAAAAUGGAGACGCCACAACUGCAGCAAAGUACUGUUUGUUCAGCUAUAUACAAACCAGCCAUCAGACCCAGACCAAGAAGGUCCAUCAGUUGUGACAGUGAGUCUGACAAGAAAGGGGAGAACAACAAGGAGCGUUCUAAAUCAUUGCUGCUCUGUGGUAAUAAAGAGGUGGAGCGUCAACCAUCGUAUGGGCCGGAGUAUUCCGAAAUACAAUCAACAACACAGCCGUAUGCGAAUAUUUUCUCACUUCAGAAAAUUGUAACCAUGACCACCCAGGCUGAACAAGCUAAUUUAUGUCAUAACUCAACAUUUCCACAAGAAAGUUUGUACAAAGCUACCAGGCAAGCGAUCACUGAUGCUGGAAAUGACGAGUCUACUACAACAGGAAGACAAGCAAACCAGGCCAGUAGUGAACUACAAUUUGUCGGUCAUAAACAAGACUUCAGUGAAGCUACCAAACAACCGAUCAACGCUAAAAAGGACCGGUCCACUGCAGCAGGGACCCGAGCAAACCAGUUUGAUGUAACUGUCAAACAACUUGCACCACUUCAGAAAGAGAGAGAGAGAGAAGCUGCACAUCAACAGGAACUGGAAGAAAUGAAACAACUGUACAUGAACAAGAGAAUAAUCCUUGAAGACAAGUACAAAGGGAUGAUUGAUGAGUUUAAGGAAUGGCAUGAAGAGAGAAUGAGUGAUUUGAAGAAAACUCACCAGAAUGAGCACAAUGAACUAAGGAGACAAUUGACUGACGAGUUUCAUACUACAUUAGCUGUCCAAUCAGCUGAACUAGAUGCAACUCACGCCGAAAAUGCACGUCUACUUACAACAGCUGAUCAGACCCUGUUGGAUCAUCAGAAACAAUUAGUAGAGUUACAGCAAGAGUUGGCUCCCAAAGUCAAACAGUAUGAAGCUGACAUACAACAGUUGAUCACAGAUAAUGAGGCUAACCUUCAACGUCAGAAAGAUGAAACAAAAGCGGCCACAGCGUGUCUGCUUACAGCACUUGAUCAGGCUAAGAUGAUGGAUCACCGGAAACAGCUAUUAGAGCUGCAGCAGGAAAAAGAGGAAAAAGAAGAGUUGGCUCACAAAAUCAAGCAGUAUGAAGCUUACAUACAACAGCUGUUGGCAGAUAACGAGGAUAACCUUCAACGACAGAAAGAUGAAAACCAAUGGGCAAUUCAACAAUUAGAGGCUAGCCUUGAAAAUUAUCAAAAUGAAAACCACAAGCUUUCUGCUAUUAAUCAAGAGCUAGAGGUUAGCCUUCAGCAAUGUCGUGAACACACCCAACAGUUGGAGGAUAAGUUGCACAACCAGGAUGAAUUGUCUCCCUACGUCCUUCCUCAAAGUCCAGACCUUAGAGAAUGUGAGGGGGUGGGGUCAUACGGAUCUGUUCAUCGUAUCCAACUGAAUGGGAUUAGCUGCAUUGCCAAACGUAUUCACGACAUUUUGCUUGGUCAAGGGAGAGAAGAAGGAGUAAAUUUAGAAGACAAACGAGCAGCUUAUAUCAAGUUUUAUUGCGAGUGUGUGUUACUGAGUCGAUUGCGCCACCCCAACAUUGUCCAGUUCAUGGGUGUGUACUACGGGCCACAGAGAGAUUACGGGAGAGAGCUCACAUUAGUAAUGGAGCGCCUGUACAUGAAUCUCGAGGGCUGCCUAAAGCAAUAUCGAAACAUUGCAAUGUGGUUAAAAGUAUCUAUUCUUCUAGACAUUACCCAAGGCUUACUCCAUCUUCAUUCUCAGGGUAUUGUUCACCGUGAUCUGACAGCUCCCAACAUUCUCCUCACAACGAGCUUUCACGCUAAGAUUGCUGACCUUGGCGUCUCAAAAAUCAUUAAUGUCCACCCUCUGGCUGCCUCCAAACAGUCGAUGAUUCCCGGUACUCUUGGGUAUAUGCCUCCUGAGGCACUGGCUGAAAUCCCCGUGUAUGGCUAUGCUUUGGACAUCUUCUCUUUUGGUGUGCUAACCUUGUUUGUCCUUCUUCAAGUGUAUCCUCAGUACUAUGACAAUCUUGUAACCCCCGAAGGAUUGACUCUCAAAGAAUCUCAUAUUUAAAAACGUUCAAAAUGGAUCGGCAUGUUGUCAUUCGAUAAUCCGUUUCUUCCACUAAUCCGUCAAUGUCUUCAAGAUGUGCCUGCACGAAGACCAACCACUAUUAAUCUUAAUUCCGAACUGAUUCGAAUUGCUGAGACGUACCCUAAGCCUUACCAAGAUAUUAUCGAUAUGCUAUCACAUUAAUGGCCCAACCACAGCAUGGUUUUUCCGACUACUCUUCAUAGCUCUCUCUCUCUCUGUCUGUUAUGCAGGGCACACUCAGACAGCUACCCCAGGACUAGUGCUGCCAGUAGAGAGAACCACUGGACUGGGUUGUAUACCAGAGGGCAGGACUGUCAGCUAUGAGUGCACUGCUACUGAUCCAGUAGAUCCUCCUGUGGCUAGUACGGUUUGGCAGGGAACUGCCCUCAACUGUCCUUCAGCAAGUGAUACAAUAAACAAUCGGAUCACUCUAUCUCAUAAUCAAUUUCAGUCUGGAGGCACUGCUGGUGUUUGUGGUGGCUUGUCUGCAAUGAGUACUGGAUUUAGUAGAAAUGAAUACACCUCAAGAUUGAUUCUAACAGCCUCUAAUGAGUUGAAUGGAAUGACUGUUAUGUGUAGUUUGAGUAUUUUUAUAGUUGGAAAUGACACCGUAAUAGUUGGAGCUUCUUCCCUUCCUCCUCUAAGUGUCAUGGUUGACGUCACUUCUUCUUUGUCCUUCACAUUCAGUUGGAUUCCACCAUCUGAUACCAGCAAUGUGGGAGGAUACCUGUUUAACGUGACUGGAGAGGAUUGUGGUUGU